UGCUAUAAGGAAAUAGAGAAACAUAUAAAAAAUUUUGGUAUAGGAGAAUCUUCAUUCAAAAAGACAAAUACUAUCCAAACCAAAUUAACUGAUAAUAAACAUGCCAAUAUUUCACAAAAAUUGGCUGAUAAAGUAAUUGUUGAUUUUAUUAUUGACACAGUUCAGCCAUUGUCCUUGGUUGAUAAUCCAUCAUUUACUAUGAUGAUUAAAACUUUAUCCCCUGGCACAACAGUUUUAUGUCACCAGACACUUAUGAAUAAAAUAGCCGACAACUUCAAAGUGAUGAAAGAUGCUCUAAUAGUAGAGUUAUCAGAUAUAUCUUAUGUAUGUAUCACGGCAGAUAGUUGGACACAUAACAGAAGAGCUUAUUUGGGAAUCACAGGCCAUUGGUUAGACCCUAGGACUUUAAAAAGAAGAUCUGUAGCCUUAGCCCUUAAAAGGAUUAUAGGAUGCCAGACAUAUGACGUACUUGCAAAUAAAAUUAUUGACAUCCACAAGUCUUUUAGGAUUCAUAAUAAAGUUUGCAAGAUGGUUACUGAUAAUGGGUCUAACUACCUGAAGACAUUUAGAAUAUUUGGUGAGGAUAAUGCUGAAGAUGAGAUACAGAAUGAUAGUCAACAUGUAUUGGAAGAGGAGAAAAUAGGUGUUGAUGCCAAUGAUAUUAAUGAGAUCUUAGAAGAAGGAUCUUCAACUAACUCCACAAUGUUACCCAGCCAUCAGAGAUGCUCCUGUCAUAAUUUAAAUUUGAUAGCAACAGUAGAUGCUGAAGGAGCUUUAAAUGAUGAAGAUUUUAAAAGGGUAUCAAGAUCGACAUUUUAUAAAUGUCAAACUUUAUGGAAUAAGCAGAAAAUCUCCUAUAAGUUCUGA